AUGUCUGACGACAUUACUUGCUACGGCCAAAAUGAUCGUGUCGGUGACGUUCGUGCGUCGAGUCCAAAGAGUUGUGUUCUUCCCCUGCCACACCAGCCCACUAGUCGGCGGAUCCCCGUGCUUGGUGAGGGCGAAUGCCCUCGAGCGAUAGACGGCAAUCAAUGCGCCAGCGUGUGCACACCUGACCGGGUGUACGUCAUUGUGGCGAGGCACGAGAUCGCCAAUCCAGCAAAAACCGCGACCUCACAAAAAGACGUCCAGCCGGCCGGCCAGCUAGCCUCUAGCUCCGACAAUGUCCACUACUGA